AUGCCACUCACAACCAGAAAUCAAAUGACCAUAGAAAAAAGUCCUGCCUACUUUCAUAGCAAGACAGCCGCCGAGCGAAUUCGAGCUCUAAAUCCAGCAAUGAAAAUCAUCGUCGUUGUUAGGGAUCCGGUGAUGAGAGCUAUUUCAGAUUAUACCCAAGCUUCUUCAAAGCGUAAAUCGCUUGGAAUGAUGCCAACAUUCGAAGAUAUGGCUGUCGGUGACUGUGCUCCAUGGUUAAAGACGAACUGUUCCUCGAAAGUGGGUGGAGUGAAUGUUGGCUGGGGAGCGAUUCGAAUUGGGCUCUACCAUAAGCACAUGAAAAGAUGGCUAGACAACUUUCCCAUGGAGCAAAUCCACAUUGUGGACGGCGAACGGCUUGUUGCUCAGCCGGCAUUGGAAGUCAGCCAGACGGAGAAAUUUCUUGGACUAAAGCCAGUGGUGAAACCAGAACACUUUGGAAUCGAUCCAGUGAAGAAAUUCCCAUGUGUGCGACGUUCUGAUGGUAGUCUACAUUGUCUGGGAAAGACUAAAGGCCGAAAACAUCCUCACGUACGACCCGAAGUCCUUCAACGACUCCGUCGUUUCUAUGCACCUGAAAAUCAGAAAUUUUUCCGUUUGAUCAAUCGAUCGCUUGCAUGGUAA